AUGGGGACCACCCCAACAUACCGCAGUAUUGGCAUGGAUGCCUUGACGGGGGCCAUUAGCGGUUUUGUCGGCGGGGACGUUGGCAUGAAUGUACCGGCGUCGUGGGGGGCUAAUCCAGUGAGCGCCAUUGCCACGGAAAUAGCUUUGACGCUCACAGUGGACACCAUUGUCCCUGAUCCAACAAGCUCUCUCAGUUCUAUGUCUGAUAACUCCUUCUCCGCUGCUAGUUUGGCUUCCGGGGGCUCCACGGCGAAUGCUUCUGCGACUACCAUCCCAGGCCGCAUAUCAGACUGGCCCAGGGAGAAACUUCGACAGCGGGGAAGCGCGACCAAGAAACAGCCACAAGUUCAGCAGCAGCAGCAGCAACUGCGGACGGGAACGGGAAAUGACACGGGAAUCUGGAUCGCGCGAGCUACUUCCCGUGAGACAGCCACGACAGAGGACAUCAGCUUGAAUUCCUUCGGAGGCAGCUUCGAUGGAUCGCAAUUCACGCUCCAGCUGAGUCCGGAUCACCGGGUGUCAUUCAAUAUGGAUGCAAAGGCGGUGCAAGUGCCAAUCUGGGAUGGUUCGGGAUCUAGGUUGUUGAGCGCGGUAGCCACUUUAGGUCGACCGUAG